AUGGUGCCAAAUAGUGGCGAAAAAUUGAAACAUACGCCUAAACUCACAGCAUCAAAUUACUGCAAAGACUGCAAUUUGAACCAUUACAUCAUGAGAUAUUGCAGAUGGCGGAAAAGCAGAACCAAACGUAUCAACAUCAAAGUUCCUGCUGCUCAGAACACGAUGAAACCAGUCGAUGUGUAUGCAGACAUAUCGAGUCUUGGUAUGUUCAAAUCCACGUUCAGCCUCUACGAGAGAACAGGUAAUGAUGCCGUCAUUGUAAAAAGUAACACCGCUAAUGAAAUAUCAACUAAAAACAAAGAACUAAAUAAUUUUUCUGACGUCAUGUCUAAUUCAACUGACUAUAUGAGACCAACUUCCUUUUCGUCAUCGUCGAGUAGCAAUGAAUCUGGAUUGGGCAGUUUGAUUAGGAACCAUGAGAACGAUAGUGAAGCUGGUAAGAACGAGCAGUCGAGUGGGGGUCAGAAUUUUUCCUUCAGAAAAUCAAUUGCAUGGUGCAAUCCGAAUUAUAGAACAAUAAUCCCGUACGUGAGACACGACAGUCUCGAUGGAACCCACCACAGUUCAAUUCCUAUCUCAUCACUCAGUGGUAACCAGUUGUUAAGUGGCAUGUACGGAGAUGAUAAUUACUUCAUGGCAAAUUAUAAUGAUGAUAAUAACAACGAUGAUGAUAAUAAGAUAGAUGGAGCCUUGAUGACGAGAACGAAUUAG